AUCACAGCCAAACAACGCCCCGUAUCAGGUAUCACUGAUAGCGAUAACAGCCAUGAUUCAUUAGAUACUGACAAAGAGAUCCACACUACAAUGAGAAUGUAUCAAACAACACGUUCUUCUGUGAAACAAUUUAAUAAAACAUUAUUAAUAAAAUAAUAAUAAAAACAAAAUUGAAAAUUCUUUUCGCUCCGAGAAUUGUUUUAAUGCUAAAACAAUUUUCGUUGUCUCUCUAUUUUUAAUAUUAUUAUUAUUUAUGAUUAUUUCAAGUUGCGGUUUUUAUAUAAGUGAUUGAUAAAAUAGAAUUUACGAGAAUUUGUUUUAUCUAAUGUGGAUUUUGUGUGAUUGGUUCUUUUUUUAGUAACAAGUGUUUAUUGGAACUGUGGUGUUUAGUGAAUUGUUUUAAAGUUGUUGGAUUAUUUUAUGGAUAAAGAACCAUGAGGCAGCCACACUCAUCAUAGCAUCAGACCAGAGGGCAGCUUUACUCCAAGAUGAGUCUUACCAGGCUGGGUCAGAAGACAGGCGGGACGGCGGAGAAGACCGCCAAAGACUGCCCCUGUUACUUCUGCAACGAACUCUUCGAAUUGGGACAGUUGCAGAACCACUUGAAAAUAUGUGGCAGUAUACUGGAGCAGUGCCCGCUGCGCUGCGGGGCCUGGAUACAAAGAAAGCACAAGGAGACGCAUGUCAAGGACUGCCCCAAGAUGGAGAAGACGCGCACAUCAUCAAGUCACGUGAGCGUGCCAGCGCCGGCACCACCACCACCAGUCUCCAACCACACCUGGUCCCCACGACAGGUGCCCAUCGAUGACUGUGUCUCCUACCUGGAGAAGGAAGUCGCUUCCAUCAAAUUAGUCCUAACAGAAGAAUCAGGACACAGAGAUGUGCAGGCGACAGAGAUAGAAAACAUUCGCUCCAAGCUGGUUCUGGUGGAGGAACGAAGCCAACACUUUCUGUCCACCCUCGUGUCGUUGAGGGCGGCAGUAGAUGAUGAGGCUGAGAGGUCUGCCAACUGGGCCGCACAGUUCAAACAUGACCUGGCCAACGUGCAACUGGCACUGCAGGAACUGCAAAGCCAGCAGCUGACCACAGUGAUGAGGCUGGAGAGUGCAGUGAGCUCCUUGGUACACGAGCAGCAUGAACGGGAGCUGCUGGAGCAGGCGCUCACACAACAUGACAAUAGGAUUAGGGCAGUCAACAAACUCGAGGAAGUUAUAAACUACAUCAGGCAAACAGUGGAGGAGGAGCGAGAGAGGAACGCGGAGAACCGCGCGGCGUUGGAAGCAGAGCUAAUGGAAGCGAGAAGGUCCUCGGAGCAGCUCGCCAACCUGUCGGCGUUGAGGAUGCAGCUACAGGCCACGUCUGAUGAGAGGCCGGGAAUAGAUCGCGUGGCAGUUCUAGAAGUGGCGACAGCAGACGCUAGAGCGGAGUUGUCAGAACAUUCCACUAAGGUAGACGCGGUACUGCGAGACCUUCGGGCCCUCACCAAGUCCUACCACAAAAUGAGGAAUGAGCUUGCUGACUUCCAAUCCAAGGUCACCUUCGACAGAAAUGAGCUUGGAUCUGAGGAUGGUCGUUUCAUAUGGAGGAUAGAUAAGUUCCUGUCUCGAAUGAAGGAUGCCAAAGAGAAUGACACGGUGCUGAGCAGCCCUCUGUUUAGAACCAGCAAAUAUGGAUACACGCUGAAGGCGGAAAUUAACCUGAAUGGCAUAGGCAAAUGGAAGGGUCGGCACAUUACGUCGACCGUACGGCUCGUGGCUGGGCCCUACGACGCUCUGCUGGAGUGGCCCUGCGACCUGAACAUCAACAUCAUACUCCGAGACCAGCCCAACAACAGAGCCCAGGCUAUGGACAUAGUGAAAUCACUGCAACUGAAGCGCAAGUCGUCGUCCAAGCGCCAUGAUUACGAUGAUGGUGGUGGUGAUGAGGAGAAGACCAAGUCUUCGGAAACCCUGGACAAGUCAGUCACCCAGCUGAAGAGGCAGUACAUCUUCAUACCACACACUAGUCUAGACAAGUUCGAGUAUGUUAAGAAUGACGUUAUGUUUAUAGAGUUUAUUGUCAACCAAUAAUUUUAAAGGAAUAUGUAUGUAUAUAAAUGUUUCAUUCUGUUUUCUACAUUAUUUUUUAAGUUUUUAAGUCGAUUUUUGUAUAGAUAGUAUGUAUAUCAAAGCUAGCUAGAUAUGUUAAGAAUACAUAUAAUUAAGAAUUGUUGACAAAUAUUCAACUUUCAAAGUACAAAAAAAAAAUUGUUCAAUUUUAUUUUAAACUUUAUUUAAAUGUCCGUAAGGUUAAAGAUAACGUAAUAGGCGCAUACAUAAUUAAAUUAAUAAAUCUUUCAACUAAAACCUACAAUAAAAGUGGAAGGUUUUUAGUCAGUAAGUGUGGGAGAGCCAUGCUUCGGCACGAGUGGUUCGGCUCGACCGGAGUGAUACCACGGCCUCACAGAAAACCAGCGUGAAACAACCACAGCGUUGUGUUUCGCCGUGUGAGUGAGGUUACCGGAGGCACAAUCCUUCCCCUCCCCCAAUCUCUCCUCAAUCUCUAAAUCUCCAAAUCCCUAAUCCCUAAAAGGUCGGCAACGCACUCGUAACUCCACCGUUGCGGGUGUCCAUGGGCGGCGCUGAUUGCUCACCAUCAGGUUAUAUGUCUGCUCGUUUGCCGACCUAUAACCUAAAAAAAACUCCCUCUAAAAGCUACCCUUCCGUUAGAUCAAGUUAUCGCCACAAUAUGACUUCUUCCAAUAUUCCUUAUCAGACAUUAUCGCAUGACUAUCCCAUUACCAUUUUAACACCAUCCAUGAAUGAAACUCAGUG